AUGGAAUUAAUUCAUACAUUCCUCAACUUAGCCGCACCGGCUUUCACCUUCUUUUCCCUUUUGUUCUUCUGGCCGCCCUUUCAGAUCUUCAAGUUUUUCCUCUCUAUUUUGGGUACCCUUUUCUCCGAAGACGUUGCCGGAAAAGUUGUCCUCAUCACCGGAGCUUCCUCCGGCAUAGGGGAAUGGCUCGCGUACGAGUAUGCUAAGAGAGGGGCGUGCUUAGCUCUCGCGGCCAGGCGAGAAGGAAGUCUUGGUGACGUGGCUGAAAGGGCGCGUGAUCUGGGGUCGCCAGAUGUCGUCGUUAUACGCGCUGACGUGUCCAAGGUCGAGGAUUGCAGGAGGAUCGUUGAUCAGACUAUGAAUCAUUUCGGUAGAUUGGAUCAUCUAGUCAAUAAUGCUGGGAUUGCCUCGGUAGCCUUGCUGGAGGAAGUUGAUGAUAUCACCAAUUUUCGAAACGUUAUGGACGUGAAUUUCUGGGGUUAUGUGUACAUGACGAAGGCUGCAGCUCCAUACCUUAGGAAUAGCAGAGGCAAAAUUGUGGUGCUUUCGUCGUCUGCCUCUUGGAUGCCUUCACCCAGGAUGAGUAUUUACAAUGCGAGCAAAGCAGCGAUUUCGCAGUUCUUCGAGACGUUGAGGGUGGAAUUUGGACCGGAUAUUGGGAUAACACUCGUUACUCCCGGAUACAUAGAAUCCGAGCUCACUCAAGGAAAAUUCUACAACAAGGCAGGAAGACUCGAAGUCGAUCAGGACAUGAGAGAUGUGCAAGUGAACGUAAUGCCUGUGCUAAGUGUGGAGAGGUGCGCAAAGGCGAUAGUGAGGAGUGCAAUCCGUGGAGAAAGGUACGUGACCGAGCCGGCUUGGUUCAAAGUGACUUAUUUGUGGAAGCUUUUGUUCCCGGAGGUGGUGGAGUGGAGUUUAAGGCUGAUGUCCAUGACGGGACCUGACGAGCCAUCAAGGGAGGCUCUCGGCAAGAAGCUGGUGGACUACACGGGUGCCAAGAGUGUGCUUUACCCCGAGACCGUUCAGGUGGCUGAAACAAAGAGAGACUAA